AUGGCGCGGCCGGUGCGCGUGCGGACCUGGGUGCGGGAGAACCGGGCCUCCUUCCUGCCCCCCGUGUGCAACAAGCUGCUGCAUCAGGAGCAGCUCAAAGUCAUGUUCAUCGGGGGCCCCAACAUCAGGAAGGACUACCACAUCGAGGAGGGUGAGGAGGUGUUUUACCAGCUGCAGGGUGACAUGGUUCUCCAAGUCCUGGAGCGAGGGAAACGCCGGGAUGUGGUCAUUCGUCAGGGAGAGAUAUUCCUCCUGCCCGCUGGCGUCCCCCACUCUCCACAGAGGUUUGCCAACACCGUGGGACUGGUGAUUGAGCGGAGGAGGCUGAAAACUGAGCUGGAUGGGCUCAGGUACUACGUAGGAGACACCACGGAUGUCCUAUUUGAGAAGUGGUUCUACUGCGAGGACCUCGGCACACAGCUGGCCCCCAUCAUCCAGGAGUUCUUCAGCUCUGAGCAGCACAGAACAGGAAAGCCCAUCCCUGACCAGCUGCGCAAGGAAACGCCAUUCCCCCUGAGCACGCGAUCCGUCAUGGAGCCCGUGGCCCUGGAGGCCUGGCUGGCUGGCCACCGCAGGGAGCUACAGGGGGGCACACCCCUCAGCCUGUUUGGGGACACCUAUGAGACCCAGGUGAUCGUCCACGGACAAGGCAGCAGCAAGGGCCCGGGGCAGGACGUGGACCUGUGGCUGUGGCAGCUGGAGGGCUCCUCCACGGUGACCAUGGGGGGACAGCGCCUGAGCCUGACCCCUGACGAAAGCCUCCUGGUGCCAGCCGGGACCGAGUACACCUGGGAGCGAGCGCAAGGCUCUGUGGCCCUGGCUGUGACCCAGGACCCUGCCCGCAAGAAGCCCCUGGGGUGA